GACUCGUGAGGCGCAUCGCAUCGCAUCGCAUCGGCAAGGCGAACCAAGGCGGAGGCGGCGGCGGCACCCAUGGCGGCGGCGGGCGGCGGCGGCGGCGGCGGCGGGGGGAAGGUGUCGUUCAAGGUGAUCCUCACCUCCGACCCCAAGCUCCCCUUCAAAGUGUUCAGCGUGCCGGAGGCGGCGCCCUUCACCGCGGUGCUCAAGUUCGCCGCCGAGGAGUUCAAGGUCCCGCCCCAGACCAGCGCCAUCAUCACCAACGAUGGAGUAGGCAUCAACCCACAGCAAAGUGCAGGCAAUGUGUUCUUGAAGCAUGGCUCUGAGCUGCGCCUCAUUCCCCGUGACAGGGUUGGAGCGCCGGUGGCGUCUUUCUAGUCGUCAUUGUUAGAGUCAAGAAUGAAUGAAGGAACCUAUAUAACUGGAAUAAAAGCAGGCCGAUGCUCGGUUGUAUAAUGGAUGAAACAUGGGUAAGUAUAACUUACCAUAAGCAGCCAGCCCAAUGAUUGACAGGAUGAAUAUAAUUUGCCAGACAAUGCCAUUGUUUGCAGCCUCUGGUUUCCUGGUAAUGCUCUUAAAAAAAA